AUGAAGAAAGAAAUCAGUGUCACAUUGAAAACUAGGGAGCCCCCCGGUCGAUUGACCCGUGCUCGAGCUGCUGCAUUUCGUGCAUCUGGACAGCUACCCCCUGUGAAGAAGUCAGCACAGCAAAAUCAGAAUCAGUUACCCAGAGCCAACUCAAAAAGAGCAAUUUCUGAUAAUAUAUGUCUUCAACGUAAGAAGAGGGCUGUUCUUCAGGAUGUUACUAAUGUUUGCUGUGAAAAUGCAUACAAGGGCUGUUUCAACUCAACUAAAAUUCAGGCUAAGAAAAGUAAGCCACCAAAAAUUCAAGUUGACUCCAAAGGAAAGAGUAUACAGGAAUCAGAAGAUGCUAUGUGCUCAAUUAAUUUGGAAAACAAUGAACAUCAAUGGCUGAGUACUAGUGAAUGUAGCAAGGAUUUAAGACUGCCCGAAAGUCAGACGUCUGGAAUAUCUGCUCAUCCUUUUAUCUCUCAGAAGAAAGGUUUUGCUCAUACCCACAUUGUUGCAGCCAAGAAAGAUAACCUUUCAGCAGUUUUGAGUGCAACGAAGGAUCCAGACAUUACUAAUAUAGAUGAUGAUCUUGAAGAUCCUCAGUUGUGCAGCCUCUAUGCUGCUGAUAUCUAUGAGAACAUGCGUGUUGCUGAGCUCGCAAAAAGGCCACGUCCUAACUUUAUGGAAAUGGUGCAGCGAGAUAUCACUCAUAGCAUGCGUGGAAUACUGGUUGAUUGGCUUGUAGAGGUUUCUGAGGAAUACAAAUUGGUUUCAGACACUCUUUACCUCACUGUAUAUCUCAUAGAUUGGUUUCUCUCCAAAAAUUACAUUGAAAGACAAAGGCUUCAGCUACUUGGCAUCACCUGCAUGCUUAUUGCCUCGAAAUAUGAAGAAAUUAAUGCCCCACGUAUUGACGAUUUCUGCUUCAUCACAGACAAUACAUACACGAAAGUGGAGGUACUAAAAAUGGAGAGUCGAGUGUUAAAGUCAUCUGAAUAUCAACUGUUUGCUCCCACUACAAAAACUUUCCUCAGGAGGUUCCUUCGAGCAGCACAAGCUUCAUACAAGGACCCUAACCUUGAAUUGGAGUACCUGGCGAAUUACCUGGCUGAACUAACACUGAUGGACUAUGGUUUCUUGAAUUUCCUUCCCUCUAUCAUUGCUGCAUCAGCUGUAUUUCUUGCCAGGUGGACGCUAGAUCAGUCAAACCACCCAUGGAAUCCAACUCUUCAAUACUAUGCUUGUUACAAAGCAUCAGAGUUGAAAGCCACAGUUCUUGCAUUACAAGACCUACAGCUCAAUACCAAUGGCUGCCCUCUAACUGCGAUUCACACAAAGUACAGACAAGACAAGUUUAAAUGUGUAGCGGCUUUGUCUUCACCAAAACUGAAUGAAACUUUGUUCUGA